AUGGUCCAUCAGAGGCCCCAAGCCAGGGAGAAUAGGCCCGGGAGUGCCAAAGGAUGCUCCUGGAGAGACAGACGCUCCAGAAAGGCAACUGGGGACCAGAUAGAGUGUCCGCGGAGGGCCCAACUCAAGGCAGAAUUUCUUUACACACUAGCUCCAGUACAGCGCUCGGACGGAUCCACUCACCAAAGUGCCCCCCGGCUCCGCCGGCUCCGGCUGCGCUUAGCCCGAGUCCCCGAAGGCCACCAGUGUCCAGCAGCCGCGCAGCCUAGGAUCCCAGGACAGCAGGCGGGCUCCGAGUGGGCGGUCCCUGGACCGCGCUCGCCCACAGGCCGCCUUAUCUGGGCCGGGAAGGCGCGCGUCGCGGCGGAGAGACGCCCACACGCGCCGCGCAGGCUCCCCGGCUGGGACAGUAAGAACAGCCUUCUUGAGAAGGGUUCGACCCUACGCUGCCAGGAGGCCCGGGACAUCCCAGUUCCCGAUCAGCUCAGAGGCCAUCGGAGUGUCCGCGCCAGCUGCUCUACCCCUAGGGGUUCCCCCAGUGCCGACCCGACCCGGAGUGGUUCGCCCUGUCCCAGUGUCCCAGCCGACUUCGGGCGCCCGGUUCACUGCGGAGCCCGUGUUUCUAGGAUCGGUGGUCGCCAGCCGCUUGGACUAUCGCUGCGGCGACCCCGAGUGGUCCCCAGCUCGGGCUCCGAGGAGAAGGGCUCACGGCCGCACUGCGGCUCUACACCAAGGGAGAGGGGAUCAGCCCGCGACAGAAACGCAAAAAGGAGUCUCGGGCUGGAGGUGGAGAUCCGGCACACGCAGGGACCGGGGAUGACCGCCAGCCCGCUGCUGCUUCCCUACUCUUCCACAAGCGCGGGCGCCACUUCGGACGUCAACUUCCAGGGAGGUGUGCAGGCGUGGGAAGCCCCACACCACUGUGGCCGGGGCGAGUCCUCGCUAAGAGGGGCUCCUGCGACCUGCGCGACCUGCGUCGGUGCCAAGAAAGCUAACCGAACCCCCGAAGUCCCACCCACCGGUAGCGCCGCAACCGAGCUCCGGGGUCCAAUGCGGGGCCAGCCCGGCGCGUGUGCGCCUCGGGGCACAGGGCCUGAGCUCACAGACCAGGUCCCCGGAGUGGGGAGCGGAGCUCGCGCUUCCCCGCAUCCUCCCGGCGCCGCCGCUCGGCCCGGCAUCCCCUAAGCCAGCCUCGCAGCCCCGGCUCCCUCUCCAGUCCCGCACUCACCGCGCCCGCGCUCCCGGCGCCCGCGCAGCCUCCGCCCGCUGUCCCGGCGCCGCCGUCUCUCCGCAGGACUGCAGGCCAGGGACCGCGAGGGGGCAGGGCGGUGCGGAGGGGCGGGGCCGCUGCAGGUAACAAUGCUGCCUACCCGGCUGCUCCUCGAGCCGGCCGCAAAGGGCAGCACGCCCUUUCCUGCUCGGCUGCCUCCCUCGCUCCCCCUUCCACCCGAACGGCACCGCCACCGUGCUCGCCCUAGCCAGCUCCGGGCUCCCGAGACUCGAAAGCCGCCGCCCAGCACGCUGCUCCUGGCACCUGAAGACCGGCGCGGGGCUGGGCGGGCAACCUCCGAGGGAGAUGGAAAUUGCCGCAGGGCGAAGAUGAGUCCUGGUGUCCUAGUGGAACGAGGGAGCGAGGGGGAGGCGCCACGUUCGCUACCGAGCAGGUCACCGCCUUCCACAAAGGAACCUCUGCAGCAGUCUGCUGGACACCCUCCCCUGCGCACACGCAUGAACACCCCACACACAUUCGUAGGCACGCACGCACCUUCGCACACAUUCACACACCUCCGCGCGGAGCACGCUCCGCUCCACCAUAGCUUCUUCCCCGAGCUUUGGGCAGCGAUAGUCGAGUUCCCUGGCGGUCCAGAGCAAUCUGGAGAUCAGGUCCUCUGUGCCGCAGGCCAAAUUGUUUCUUCUCCCUCCCCCCUUCUUACCCCUCCCUUCCCCAACUCUUCUCUUCCUUCCCCUCCCCUCCGUUCCCUCCCCCCUCCUUUCCAUUCCCUCUCCUUUAUGUUCCUUUUUCUCAAUGAUGGUAACAAACUUUUCAGCUUUAUUAAAGGAAAAAAAAAAAAAGCAUGGCAGAUCUGACUGAA